AUGUCACAUCAAUUGGACUUUUCUUCAGUUGGAUCCAAUAUAACUGGUGUUCUUAAUGAUAAUGAUGCAAUAAACGGUUUAAAUAUUGCCUCUUUUGGAAGUCUCGGAGCAACAGAAAUAAACAGUCUUCUUGAACUGGCUGGACAAACAGAUCAUUUGUCAUUGUUAGAUGAUGACAUAGUAAUUUCCGCUCCAGAAGCAUCGGAUUUGCCUAUGCCAGAUAAUUUGUUUACAAAUGAAUCAGAAAAACAAAAUGAUGUGAUGGAUGUUUGGGCCAAACUUCUAAACGAAGAAAAUUCUCCUAAUAUUGAGACUAAAUCAGAAAAUGAAUUAGAAAUGGAAACAUUUGGACUUUGUAACGAAGAUUUUCCAAGAUUUAAUGUGGAAAACAAAGGAAUAAAGAAUUUUCCUACUGAGAAUGAUGUUAUCAAGCCAGUAAAAAUUGCAGACAAUCAGAAUUUUAAUCCUAACAAAUCUAAUAUUAUCCAUCCCAUACCAUUACGAAUGCCACCUGAUGAUAUUUUGAAGCAAUUUCCAUCAAUUGUUCCAUCACAUAUUAAUUUGGGAGCUAUGCAUCAACAACGUUAUGGUAAUGUUAUGCCUCAGACAGAAGAACAACGUGCUACUACCAUGCUUUUAAAUGACCUAUUCAAAGGAUCGAAUGGAAUUCCACCGUCUAUGAUGGGUUCACAGAACUAUCAACCAGGAAAAAUUUCUCUUAACGAUUUAGUACAACAGCCACCUCCACCGUUUUAUAAUCAUUCAUAUGUUGUUAACAAUCCAAAUCAAUACAGUGGAUUAGUUUUUCAAUGUGGUCAACCACAAAAGUAUGGUAGAGAGAUACCAAUGAAUUCAGUUCCAGUUAAUAGUGCCAGAGGUAAAACAGAAUCUGUGAUAAGUGAAGAAAGUACUUCGAAGAAACAUAGUAAACAAAACACUUUUCCUUCAAAACGAACGAUUCAUGAUUUUGCUCUUGAUCCUUUUGCUGGGUUGAUGUCUCAAAAGGAACGAGAGUGGCUUAUCAAAAUUCAACUGGUGCAAAGUACCAUUUCAGGUGAUCCAAAUGAAGAUGAUUAUUAUUAUGUUAACUGGAAAAAACGACAUAAUAUUGUACAGAGACCAAAACAUUUGAAAAAAGUUGAAAAAGUUAAACCUUCUUAUUAUUCUUUUGAAAACAUAACUCCAUCUACAGGAUAUUGUACACCGUCUUUUGAAGGUGCUUUAGGUAAAAUUAACUCAGCUACAUCCAUUGCACCUAAACAACAUAUAUGUCUUUCACAACAUCUUGACAAUGAAAGUAUGUUUUCUGAGAAACCUACAAAGAGGGUGAAAACUAUUUUAAUGACAAUUGAAAAUUGUUACUCUUCUAUCUUAAUUGUUGAUCAAAAUAAUAGAAUUAUUCGAGAAGGAAAAGAAAAUGAUAGUAGAAUAAAUGAGUUAUUAGAAGAUAAUUCUGUUCGUAUAAAAAAAAUAAAAUCAAUGCUUUUUGAAGGAGAUUUUGCUGUUAAAUGUUUGCUUAUCAAUAAAGCUCGCCAAUUUUUAUCUCUAUUUCUAAGUUAUUUGAAGGAAUCAAAAGACAUUUCUCAAUACAUAAAUAUUCUGUUGGAUGGAUAUACUAAAUAUCAUAAAAGAGUUAAUGAUAACCUUGUAAUACCAAUUUUUAUUCCUAAACUUAAGUUAGGAUUGUUUUCAAUUCCCGAAUCAGUUCUUACUGGUUUCUUUUUACAAAUUAAUUUAGAUAUUGCUAAGGCAAAUGUUUCUUCAGAGUUUAUUACAUUACUAAAUUUUAAUUUGUUAAAUCGGCUUUGUGCAGUUGAUGAUAUACUUAUGGUAAAACGCAUAGCAGCAUCUGGCUUCUCGUGGUUAUUUAAUUUGGAAAACUAUACAAAAUUACCACAAAUUCAAAACUGUUCAAAUUAUAUUUCAUAUUUGGAUAUAGAUAAUAUUAAAAAAGGUUUUACUAACGGUUUGUUUGGAUCUCAAAAUAAUGGUAUAUUUGAGAAUUCGAUAUUUUCCAAAGUCCAGUUUAACUAA